AUGCCGCAGGCUUCUGAUGGAGAUCAGAUCGACUUAUCAAGUCCACCUUGGCCCUGCCCCGUGCRUGGCCAGAGAGCCUUGCUCGCGUGGGGAGGCCGGGCAAGCCGGCAGCCCGGGCGGGCGCCGCGGGGGCCUGGCGUGUCCGAGCCCCGGUGCCAGCCCUGUCCYGCUCUCUUGCAGAUGUCGGGGGUGCAGCCGCCGCUGGGCCGAGGGGCGCCCUGUUCCCGCUGCCGGGGGCCRUGCCCGGGCUUCGAGCCGCACUCCUGGAGGAAAAUAUGCAAGUGGUGCAAGUGCAGCCAGGAGGAUCACAGCCUGAGCUCCGACGCGGAYGACGACCGGAAAAUCGGCCGCCUGCUGUCGGACUCCAAGUACGCGACGCUCACGGCCAGGGUGAAGGGAGGCGAYGGCGUGCGCAUCUACAAGCGGAACCGCAUGAUCAUCACGAACCCCAUCGUGUCCCGCAAGGACCCCACCUUCGACACCAUCACCUACGAGUGGGCCCCGCCGGGGCUCACCCAGAAGCUGGCCAUCCAGUACAUGGAGCUGAUCCCCAAGGAGAUGCAGCCGGUGGCGGGCACGCAGGGCGCGCUGUUCCGGCGGCGGCAGCUGCUGCGGCAGCUCCCGCUGCACGACCAGGACCCGGCGCAGUGCCGCGGGCUGGCGCCCGGCGACGCCGCGCUCAUGGACGCCUUCGUGAAGGCCUACAAGGCCGAGGCGCUCGGCGUGGGCGAGGUGGCGCUGCCCGGGCAGGCCGGCGGCGCCAAGGAGGGCGGCGAGCGCCAGCGGCCCCCCGAGCCCAACGGCGCCGUGGACACCGCGGCCACGCAGCGGCACUGCGAGCUCUGCAAGCAGCCCGUGCCGCCCGACUGCCCCGUGGUGUACGCCGACCGCGCCGGCUACUCGCGCCAGUGGCACCCGGCCUGCUUCGUGUGCUGCAAGUGCUCCGAGCCCCUCGUCGACCUCAUCUACUUCUGGAAGAGCGGCGCGCUCUGGUGCGGGCGCCACUACUGCGAGAGCCUGCGGCCGCGCUGCGCCGGCUGCGACGAGCUCAUCUUCUCGGAGGACUUCGAGCGGGCGGCGGGGCUGGCGUGGCACCGGAUGCGUUCAGAGGCUCCAGAUGCUACUUGCAAGGGUCCAUCUGUGUUGCAGCUGCUGGGACUGCAGCACCUGCAGCAGGAGCAGGACAACGAAAUCCAGAGGAGCGAUGUGACCAUCCGCUCCUCUUGCUCCAGCGACGGGGCCUCCGGGAACAGCCRCCCGCCCUGUCCUCCCAGCAACACCCACCGGGACGCGGGGGGUUCCUGGCAAAGGGCUCCCCACAAGUGA